CAGGAAGCUAUUGAGAUUUGACAGGCUGUUUGAUCUGUACAUUAAAUCAUCCUCAAGCCCAACAGAAGAGAGAGUCAAGUCUCUUCCAGACCAACAGCCCUGGAAAGAUCGGGGCUGCUCUAAGGCCAUGAUGGCUUUUCAACCAACCCCAAUGGACAUCUCUGUCGCCAUUACCACGCCCACUACAGGCCCCAGCACCGAGUCACGCUUAUUGACGGAGAAACGCAUCACCCCAACAUGGAGUGUCAUGCAGCUAAAAGGCAAACUGGAAACCAUGACAGGCAUUUCUCCUAGUAGUCAACGCCUGCGACUCAGGGCACCGGGUCGUCCUGACCAAUGGAUUGAAGGCGAUGAUACAAUAAUCGGCGACUGGGGUUUGAUGAAAGGCUGCGAAAUUGAGGUUCAUGAUACCCGUCCUCAGUCUGCCCGGCCGAAUUUUACCGAUUUGUCGUCGGUGGAGAAGUACGUUCUUCCCACGUCGACAUAUGAAUCGCUCCCAAACUCGGUUCUGGCGUGGAAGAAGAAUCAAAAGCUUGGCAGAUUUGAUCCAAGCACCCUUACCCCGGAAGAUUCCAUGCGCCAACAAUCAGAAAAAGAUGCAGCAGAAAUUCAACAAAGAGGCAUUGCCGUUGCCAGACGGGUCAUUAUUCUACCCUCUUCGCCACCCCAUAUUCGGCGAGGGACUAUUCGCUUUAUUGGGCCCGUGCCUACGAUCUCUCGCCCUGGAGUGGACCGUAAUUUAGCAGACCUAGACCCUGGUGCUCUUCCUAUGUGGGUGGGAGUCGAACUCGAUGAGCCAUUGGGGAAGAACAAUGGCAGCGUAGGCGGUCAGAGCUACUUCUCCUGCCCUAACAAGACAGGAGUCUUCGUGAAACCUGAGAAGGUCGAGGUGGGCGAUUUCCCGCCCCUAGAGCUGGAGGACUUGGAUGACGAAAUGAUGGAGGAAAUCUGAUAUGGUGCCGAAGAAUGGAAUUAAGAUGGCAAAAAACAAGCUCCUGCAAUAUACUCCAGUCCCACUCAAGGUACUCC